CAUUAUUAGAGACUAGAGAGUACCGUGAAAGCAAGCAUAAAGCACUUCGCAGUUUAGAGCGAGCCUGCAAACUCGGAUCAGCGGAGCAAGAAAGAAAAGGAAAGGGGAGACGACGGCAGCCAUGAAUGUGGAAGAAGACGUCGAGCGACUGAAAGAAGAGAUCCAGAGGCUCGGUAGCUCCCAGCCUGAUGGUUCUUUCAAGGUGACAUUUGGUGUGCUGUUCAGCGAUGACAGGUGCGCCAAUAUCUUUGAAGCAUUGGUGGGAACACUAAGAGCAGCCAAGAAGCGCAAAGUAGUUACGUAUGAAGGGGAGCUGCUUCUGCAAGGCGUUCAUGAUAAUGUAUACAUCACUCUCCUCCAGCCCAAGUCAUUACCUUCUGGGGAAGCUGCGGCCACAACUCCGCCGGCAGAUGCCAGUUAAACACAAAGAUAGAAGUCCGUCAACUUGUGCCUAGCUGCUCAGUUGCGCUUCAUUUAGCGAUAUGUCUCUUUGCUUUUGGGUUGUUGUUGCUUGGCAUCUGAUAUGAACAGAUUACCAACAAGAAAUGCUGUAUAUUUCUGUAUGCCAAAUUAAGUUAUUUUGGUUGCAAUCUCAGCUUUUCAUUUCUUCAUCACUAGUAGUGUUUGGUAAACCGAAUUGUACUGUAAGUUAGAUUGGAUAAAUUGUCCACUGGAGUCUAAAUCAAUAGGCAAUUUUAGCAGUUGGAAACAAUUCCAGUAUAAAAUAUCCUAUUAUUG